GUGCAUGUGUCUCGGACUUCUCGAGUAUCCCGUCGAGUUCAUGUACAAUCAUUCACUACUAUUGCGCCGUGAGUCGCGCCGACAUCCUUUCCGCCUUCUGCCGUUUCAUCCUUUCCGUGUCUGUAGCGAACAGAUGGAGCUCCAGCUCCCUCUACUGGGAAGAUAAUUUUGCGAGUCAAGGACAAGCAGACUUUCGUCCGGAAACGAAGCCACGUGUAGAUGAUGAUCUGAAGCCGCGUCAAGGUGCAUAACGAAGCGAUGAAGUACGGCAUACUGUGGGCGUAGAUAUACAAUCGCGACCAAGCGAGAGUCGCUAUCCGAAGCCGGCCGACUCCUUCACCUCUUCCUUCGUGGUCCGCGGGACAUUAGCAUCGACAGAACAUUCACUUGCGCCGUAUAAGCCUUCUGCGACGCUCGCUGAGUCACUGACUGCGCGUAUCGCGUAACCCGCGCUACUCCGCUGCAUUGGCCAGCAGUCACUGAGGAAUCAGCAUGCAACAGUCGCCUGUGUCACGAAAGCGACCCGCACCCGGUACAUCGCCAAUGCCACCGCAGCAACAACAGCAGCAGCAACACCAAAGCCAGCCAAGUCAAGCUCCUGCGCCAUCUUACCCAGUGGCGCCGAGCACCACCGACUAUGGCAACUUCGACUUUUCCCAGCCUUACGCCGCAGACGGUGCAUUCUCCGAUGCGAACCUAUCCACCCAAGUGAAUGAUGCGUCAUACUAUCAAAACAGCGUACAACCCAACACAUACACGCCAAACGGUCUGAAUGGACAAGCGACAUCAACAGACCUUGUUCGGCGAGCACGGAAUCAGCCGGUGGUAGCGCAUACUGGCGGAGGUGUGCCGCCGGGCCAGUGGGAUGGCGGAGGCUUCGGGAGCGCCCCAGGACCAGGUGAAGAGGAGGACGAGGAAGAAUUGAAGGCGAAGGUUGCGAUGGCGAAGCGGGAUGCGCAGGGCAAGAGGAAGCAGAUACCGCCAUUUGUGCAGAAGCUGAGCAGCUUUCUGGACAGCAAUAACACAGACCUGAUCCGGUGGUCAGACGAUGGGCGUUCGUUCAUCGUACUUGAUGAGGAUGAGUUUGCGCGGACACUCAUCCCAGAGCUCUUCAAGCACAACAAUUACGCAUCCUUUGUGCGACAGCUGAACAUGUACGGCUUUCACAAGACGGUCAACAUCACGGACGGCUCGCUGCGGCAGUCGGAGAAGGCACGGAAGGGCGUAAAGCCACCGAGCAUGUACUCACAUCCUUACUUCCGCCGGAACCAGCCUGAGCUACUCUGGCUGAUUCAGAAGCCUGUCAACAAGGCUGGAGGAAAGAGGAAGCGAGAUGGUAACAUCAAAGACCAGUAUGACAGUGACGACGAGCGAAUGUUCUCACCUGUGCCGGGGCUGGGUGCUGGCAGUGUAGGUGAGCUUGGCGCACCGGGAGCAGCUCAAGAUCUGGUCACCCUCCCGCGGACCGAGCUGGCUUCUGUGAGGCGAGAGCUGCAGAAGCUGCAGACUCAGCAGCGGUACAUCUCUCAGAUGAUCGCGCAGCUCAAGGACCAGAACGAGCAAUUCUAUCGGCAAGCAAGUGCGUUUCAAGCACUCCAUGACCGGCAUGAGAACAGCAUCAACGCCAUCCUCACGUUCUUGGCGACUUUCUACAAUCGCAGUCUGGAAGGCCACGGAGCGCAGAAUCUUGUGAACAUGUUUAACAACUCCAACCAGAACACUCAACCGCAAGGUAGCGUGGAAGAAGUGACGGGUGACGGCGCCACAGAAAACAAUCAGCAGCUUCAAAGAUUCGUGAAGAAGCAGCCUCUCCUCUUACCCGGGCCCCUAGCGAACCUACAACAGCAGCAACAACAGACCGGCUCGGCAGUUACAGCACCUAACUCCGCCCGUACUUCGGUCAGCCCGCCCAAUGGUAGCCUCAAGCGCGAGAGCACUUCCAGCGUACCGCCAGUGGAUGGCGGGAAGACUUCAGAGAGCACUGCCAGCCCCAUCAUCAAGAAUGACGCACCAACUCCAGACCUGCUGCACUCGGUACCGGAGAACGACCAGAUGAUGAGCCUAAUCAAUAGCGUGAACGCCACAAAUGCGGCCAGUGCAUCAGGUGAAAUGGCGCCUGCGCUAGACUUUUCUUCCGCGCUGGAGCACUACCAGAGGGCCAACGGCAAUGCCCCGUUGACACCGCAACAGCGAGACAAUAUGUUGUCUCUCAUCGCGAACCAGCACGCGGUCAACUCGGGCGAUGGCAAUAAUGCGCUUAUCUCGCCACACCCUCCGCAGAUGCCGGAUCUUAACCGCAUGCGGGAGACGCAGCAACAGCUCGAGAUGCUGACGAACAUGCAGCGGCAACAGGAUGAGAAGGUACAAGACUUACAUCGCCGAUUGCAGCCGCUGAGCCCGACAGGCAGUAUACCUGGCCUGCAGCCAAGCCCACCGCCCGACUUGUUUGACCUUACCGGUGCGCCUGGUGACUACGACCCGAAUGCGUACUUCAACUUCGAUGACACGAGCUGGCAGAAUCCGGACGCGGCGGGGGUGGAAGACGGCGGUGCAGCGUCGGCGCCGGAGGAUCUGAACUUCGACUUCGGUGCGCCUGUCGAUGGCGGCGAUAUCAACUGGGAAUUCAACGGCGGCCUUGCGGACGAAAUGUUCACGACCUCGCCUAGCAACGGCUUUGCGAACAAUGUGACCUUGAGUCCGCAGCAAGGCCAGCAAAAAGUGCAGCACCCGGCCAGCAGGGUGGAGAGUCUGAGUAGCGAGGCGACGAGCCCGGCAACUACGGCGGUACCUGAGGUGGUAGAUGAGCCCAGCACGCCGAGAAAGAGAGUAAGGACGUGAUGCUGAGAGUGGUGCUAGAAGGCAUGCCAGAGAUUAUUGUACGAGUGUAAAAGCAUUGCUUAUACUCUAUAUACACGCCUGCAUAUACCCCAUACUACAUUCCGGUCGUUAACAACGUCCAAUAUGAUCCAAUAUUGCCCCGGAAC